AGUACAUUUUAGUACAUUUUACUAGUGUCUAAAACACCAAUUGUUACUAAUAAUGGAAUAAACUAUGUAUCCCAAGAGAUGGUUGAUUAUUUGGAUUAUAAUCUAUUGUAAUAUUUUAAUAAAUUUUUCGGCAAAUGAAAUUAAUAAUGAAUCCAUUACCAAAAAUUUAGGAGUUAAUAAUAUAUCUACAACACUUGAUGAUGUUAACAAUGUUAAUUUUCAAACGACUAAUUCCACUAAUUCAACUGAAACAUAUAAAUACUUGUAUAAUAAUUUAAAACAUUAUUUUCUAACGUGGUAUCUACCUACAGUGAUUAUUUUAGGAGUUGUUGGCACCGUAUUCUGUUUAGUGUUUCUAUUUUUGUCAAGAUUAUUUCCACAGAAUAUGUUGAUUUGGUUGGUUAGUAUAUGUUUUGGAGAUUUUUUUAUACUCUCCCUGGAAGGUAUAUGGAUGUUAUUAAAAGUUUGGUAUAAUUAUGAUAUACGUGAUAAUAAUAACUUUAUAUGUGUACUACAUACAAGCUUAUCGAAUUAUUUUUUCUACUGGUCAGCUUAUAUGCAGAGUAUGUUGUCAAUGCAGCGAGCAUACUCAAUUAUCAGACCGUUGCGUGCUAGAAAUAGUGGUCCGAAAAUAAUAUGGCUUUUUCGCCUAUGGUUUUUGAUAUCUAUCUGUCUUAUACUACCAAUUCUCCCUUAUCCAUUAUACUGGCGAGUUAUUAACGGUGACUGCGAUCCAACAAAUACAGAUUUAUAUCAUGUUACAACAUUGAACGAUUUUAUUGUCUGGGGUUUAAUUCCACUAAUUGGUAUGACAUCGUCUACAGUCAUAAUAUGUUGGAACAUUUUUCGAUUGCGAAAAUGUUUUCGUGAAGCAACCUCUUCAUUUUGUCUACAUGAAAAUGAACAAAAGAGAAAGUCUAGUGCGUCCAGGGUCAGUAGAUUGAUUUACUACUUGAGAACAGAUGAUAUAUCUGAGAAUUUUCGUAAACGUUCAAAUUCUCUAUCAGUUUCUGAAUCCGCACUGAAUUUGCAAAUGAAAUCUCAAUGUGAAAUUCUACCUAGGAUUUAUAAACCUAUAUCUGUUCACAACUUGAUUGAUCACACGUCAAGAUGUAACUCAAAAUUUCACUCUCAAGUAAUUAUCAGACCAACAAAUGUUUUGAAUACACGAAGAACUUUUGCAACAAAGUCUAAAGCGAUAUCAUUUGACCAGAUUACUAAUUGUGUAAGACCUAUUAGUAAUUCAGGUCACCGCCAUGGCGCAACAGAUAAUGUAGGUCAUGUAACACGACUUUUGGUAUGUAUGAAUAUUUGGUAUAUGGCUAGUACAUACCCACUGAUAAUUUAUUUAAUGUUAUUAAAUUUUGUGCUAACAAAUGUUGAUCGUGAUGUUCACAAAUUCAUGUAUUACUUAUCAAGAAGUUUAUGCUUUUUAAAUGCAUGUUCAAACUGGAUAUUUUAUUGUGCAUCAGGACGAUUAUUUCGUUCACGCAUACAUCAGAUGGUACUGCGUUUCAUGUGUCGGAUACGGUUUUGUCACAGAAGUGGAAAUUCUGUUCGAAUACCACCAGACUAUACAAAUCAUUUCAAAAACCAAUUUGUCUUGAAUACAUCAAAAAAUGUGUACCAUUCACGUAUCGGUCCAUUUUUUAAAUAUUUCAGUGAGUCAAGGAAAAACAACAUGGGUUUGAAUAAGAAUCAUGGUGGUAACAAAACCAAUGAUAUGAUGCACCAGAGCAUUGAAUUUAUUGAUGAAUUUGGAGGACACGUACUCAAUAGUUCUUUUGAGACGGUAAAAAAACAAAAUACUGACAUUUCCUCGACUACUAGAGAUAUUAAUUUCAUGCAUAAUACGUCAGGUAACUAUUCAAAUAGUUGUUUCCCUUUAGGCUACCAGUGCUUUUGUAAUUUAUUUCCUUGCUCACUAAAAGUUUUCAGUAAACCUACAGAUUCAAAUAAAAAUUUAUCGGUUAAACCCUAUCCAAACGUGAAGAAGUUACAAAAAGAUGGAAAUGGUAAUGAAAAGAAACACGUUUUACUUGGAUGUAACGGAUGUUUUACAGGUUUCUGUUGUUGGCGUUUUUGGUGGUAUGGUUUGAUGGCCGGAUGUAUCAAACGGAUACCCAAUACAAUUGAAACUGUAACAGAUAGCGAUCAAAAUUAUUCUGUUCAAGUCCUUACAGGAAUAUCAACUUCAUCAUCAGUGUAUGAUAGCUGUGAUUUGCAUCGACGCCAUUCCGAAUUUGCUUUGAACAACUUAAAUUACAAAUACUGUACGCACUAUCGAUCCACAGAAAAAUUCCGUGAACUUGAACCAAAAAGGAAGCUAGAGUUGGAUCUAGCCAUUCAAAAUACAUUUAGUACACAGAUAAAUCAAAAGCCAUAUGAAAUUGCAAAUUCAUUUCCAUCUAGUAGGUCUUUUGCUACUCCCAAUAAUGCGACUCGUUCAAUAAUUGACAAAGAUAAAGCUAUUGUUGAUUACAACCAUUCUGACAUAACAUUGCCUAAACAGAUAAUUCCAAGAUGUUUUUGUUACAUGUCAUCGCAAGGUAAUCGUAAAUUUAAUUAUAAUUUAUGCCAAUAUCACCAAGAUUUUAAUUCAUCCUGCCGUCAUCAUCAUAGUCAUCAACAUUUUUGGCCACCGCAAAGUUCAUAUUUAACCUAUCAAUUGAAUCGUCCAAAUACAUCCAUAAAUAGCUAUCGGAAAAAUUGUCAAUUACCAUCAUCUUCUAAUUUUACUUUUAGCGAUGUUGAAGUUAAUUCUUCAACUUGAAACGACAGUAUUUUUGGUACUUAAAUGUUAUUUCAGUACAGCAUGAAUAAUGCAUAUAACCUCAUUCGUACAUACCAAAAGAUGAUGGGAUAUUUAAUUGAUCCAAAAAAUUAUUAACCAGGAAAAGAAUAAAAACGGGAAUAAAUGUGAAAUUAAAUAGAAAAUUUUUAAAAUGAUGAGAAAUGUCUGGGGAUAAACGAAACAAAUCUGGCUAGAUAACAGAAAUGAUAAUCUAAUAAACGAUCAUAUCUCAUAUGUGAUAAUAUCUUAAUACACAUGUAUAUAAUUCUGUAUUAUUUUUUUAUAAACAUUAUCAAGAUAGUGACAAGGUGUGUGACAUAAUUUGUUCAUUAUAAAUAUUAUUAUGAAGAAACAUUCUUUUAACUUAAAACUAUGACCCAUAGAACAAACUUUAUAAAACCAUAUUUUACACACACACACACACACACAAAAUAAUGUUUUGUUGAAGCUUCCCUAUUCAAUGAAGCAAGUUACUUUUGCUCAUAUUGUAGUCACUUUGAAAUGAUUGUCCAUAAAAACAAAAGUUCAAACGUAGUGUAUAUAGGUGACUAUUAAUAGUUGAGUAUAAUUUAUGAGUUUGUAAAUUGUCAAGUUAUCCAUUUUGAAAAUUUUUGAAUAUAUAGUAUGUUUAAGAAAUUAGAGGAUUUACAUAACUAAUUUUUCUACUACAUCAUUAUGUAUUGAACGGUUAACCAAAUCAUAGGAUUACAUUAAUUUUCACUUUUCAUUGAUAAUGAUAUUCAAAAUCAUCUAUCUGAGUUACAUAUCAUCUACACCAUCUCAUAUUCAGUGGAUUGUCAUAUGUAUAUCUGUGAUAAAUGUUCAGCUCAUCAGCUUUACUGCUUUUUGUAACAUUGAAAUUGAAGGCUUUUCAUGUUCAGUAGUAGGUUUUUUGAGAUAUUCUAAGAUGAAAAUCUUCGGCUCUUCAAAAUUUGCUACAUUAUAAUGAUUUUUCAAAAGGAAAUUGUCAGUGUGGGGUUGUGUAGAUUGUUGAGUUUCAUUGAAAUCAUGAAGCGAUCAGUGUUAGACAACCAUUGAAAACAUAAAAACACUGAAACCUGUUGUUUUUGAGACACUUACCCACCGAAGUCAAUGAAAGGUAAUUACCCGAUAUCGUGAAUCGUUUGAAGUUGGACAUGAACACACCGGCUCAGUGCUUUAGAAGUUAAACGUUCACGAGCAAGACCUAAGAUCCUAUGUUCGACUGCUAUGCGCAUGAUCGGGGGAAGUGCACCGAUAUGGAGUACCUGACUAGAAUAAAAUGGUCAUGCAGUGCUCGCAGGUUUUCAAUGGUGGUCUAUGACUGAUCGAUUUAUGAUUUCACUGAAAGUAAAUUCCUUAACAACUGUAAAAUAUGUUUGAGUAUUGUAGAUCAUAACAAUUUGACAGUACAUAUUUGAGCAAACACAACUCUUUCAAAAAAUUAACUAGUCAGAUUGAGAGACACAGUCCACAUAUUUUUUAUGCUUAUG